ACUCAGUAGAGUGUAGUCAUGCUCCGUUGACGUAGACGUCAAAGCCUAGGGCUGUCACCGCUGGCGAUUUAUGUCGUUAUCAGGCGAGCGUAUAAAUUACACAGCCGCGCAAUAAUUUAGGAGCACCAUGCACGAAUCAUUACCCGCUGCGUUUCUCCCUACAUGCAGUUUAAUUCACUUUAUCUCCCCUAUGUUUACUAUAAUCGCAAUUUAAUUUUAUUACUGACAACAAAUUAUGGACUGCCCAUCGAGCUUAAUAGAAAACCUAUUUUUACGAAUAUAUAUACCUAUAAUAAAUUAUCUGGAUGGCUAUGGUUGAUUUGAUGUGACAUAAUAAAACUUCUAUUUAAAUGAUGGACUAAAACACUUGAUACUUUUCGUUCUAGAAACCAACUGGUUAAGGAAAGGAUAAUAUGGAUGGGAAAAUUUAUACAGAUAUCAAAUGUCGGUGGAAGACUUACAGUAACUAUAGACUUAUUCUCUGGGCAUGGAUGAUGAAUGAAAUAUCUAUUAUGGCUUCGGUUAUAGAAAUAUCACAUAAUAAUUUUUAUAUCCACACGGCUAUACAUAUUUUAGCUGUAAUAUUUAUUGGAAUACCGUUGGUGUAUUCAGAAAUAUGCAUCGCACAGUAUACAAACUGUGACGUGAUUUCAAUGUGGAACUUUUUUCCGUUAUUUCGCAAUGUUGGAUAUGGAGCAGUUUUCUUAGUAAUUCUUAAAACAGUAUAUUUAACUGUCUUAUCAUCUUGGUACUUGCAAUAUUCAUUUUAUGCAGCCAUAGAUCCACCACCAUGGUUCACAUGUGAUGACUACAACGACACAAAAUGCAUGGUUAAACGAAUUAAUGUCUCGAUUUUUCAGCACUGUUUAGAGACACAAAUUCUUUUCGAUGAUGAUUGUGGCAUGAAAACUGCUAGUAACUGCUUUUUUGAGAGAAUGAUCGGUGAUAACAAUACAAUGAUGUCUAAGUGGUGUGUUUAUCAAUGGAAAUCUGUACUAGCAAGUUUUUGCAUAAUGACACUUUUAUUUAUAUUGUCAAUGAAGAAAGAAAAGUUCAUUCUAAUUAUUGUUAAAAUUUUAGCAUUUUAUUUAUGUCUAGUAAUAAUAUUGUUAUUAUGUGUAGCUUUGUCCACUAGUGGAGCGUGGCAUACAAAAAAGAUUGCAUUAGACUGGAAUAAUUAUAACUUUAAAACAUGCUAUACAUCUAUUACAAGAGGUUUUUUAUCUGUUGGAACGGGAUAUGGUAUAAUAGGAUUUCUAUCCAGAGAUGCCUCAUUCAGAAGUCCUUCUAUGAUGACUUCUAUUUCAGUGCCAUUAUAUUCGGUAUUUGUAACCACAAUGUAUGCGCUAGUUGCUUUUAAUGGGAUCAAAACUAUGUCGUACUAUCAUGGAGAAGAGGAAAAUGUGAUUGAAAUGGGUACAUCUUCAUUUUUUUUAAACUUUGCCUCUAUAUCGGAAAUUUUAAGUUAUUUUGAUGCGAUGCCAAUUUGGGGAUUUAUUUGGUUUUCAUCAGGAUUUGUCUGUUUAUUUGUAAAUUUAUGGAUAUUAUAUAUAUUUUUGUUGGAUUCAUUAUUUGAAUGUUUAUAUUUUAUGCGAAAGUAUCCUAAUUUAUGUUGUAUGUUGUUGUCUUUGUUCAUAUUCUUUUUUUCAUGGCCGUUUUUCUGCUCAGAUUUGACCGGUAGUCUUACAGAUACCACUGAACUACUUCAAAUUGUAAGUAGUUUAUUAUUUUCUUUAUCAUUAUAUUGGAUUUAUGGAUACAGGAAUCAUAAUAUCGAUAUUAUCUUUAUGAUUGGAAUUAAAGCUAGCUAUUUCUGGAAGAUUGCGUGGGUAAUAAACCCCUUAUUACUGUUAUCUAUUUUAUACGCAAAAUCAUUUAAUUUACAGGUUACAGAAUAUAGUGAUUCAUUUUACAUCAAUUAUUUAUCAAUACAUUGUGAUGUUUUAUUAUUUUACGUAAUUUUAGGAACUUAUUUUUCAGUUUUUAUUAUUGGAUUAUUAAUAGAAUUAUUUUUGUAUUAUAGAUAUAACAAAUUACGAAAUAUAUUGUUUCCAACAGAAAACUGGGGUCCCAAAGAGGCAAUAUUGUUUAAAAGUAGAAAAUUAUUUGUUCCCGAAAUAAUGACGACGGAAUUCUUAUACAGACAAAUUAGGAUACACGGCUAUUGUAAAAAACAAAGUGAACAAAUUAAAGAAAACAAUACACAACAAAAUACAAACAGGCAGGCAUCUACACAGUUGUCAAUAGAUGAAUCAGAAUGGAGUGCUUUUAUGUCAAAUUAAGGAACCUAAAUUUACGUACUUGGCUUUUCAUCGGGUCUGUAUU